CGUUUUGGGGAGAUUAGAGAUGCAAAAGCAGGCGCAAGAAUUUGACGAGAGGAAUACUACGUCGUUUUGUGCAUUCAACAGUUGCAGAGCGGACAGGUCACAACUCACAAGCAACUCAACGCGUCCGAGUCACCUCGACUCGCUCCCUCAUCUUCUCCAUCGACGGAGCCGUGUCUCCCAUUUCUACAUAAUUAAGCAUCCUAUCUUUUCGAUUCAAAGCAAUCCCUUGUCGCUUUUGGACCUACACUACAAACAAAAUCAACCCCAUUGACUCGAUUCUGUUCUAUUAUUACCAUAAGAUUUUGGAUUCUGUAGAUUCAUAUUUCCCGAGUUCAACUAACUGACGCAGCUACUUCAGACAUGAGUUUUGUUUUCCGUGGAACAAGAGUGCCAGAUAUAGAAAAUGGUCUAUCUGGAUUUAUACCCGAGCGACGUGCAAUGCGGGUCCAUGCAGCACGGCCUGUUAACUCAAACUCACUUGCCUUUCUUGUCACAGUUCUGUUGUUAUUCAUGAUAUUAAACUCUCACCAGAUGUCGCCAAACUUUCUACUCUGGCUUGUGCUUGGUGUCUUCUUGAUGGCUACAACAUUAAGGAUGUACGCAACGUGUCAACAACUUCAGGCUCAAGCCCAAGCUCGAGCUAUGGCAGCCAGUGGCCUUCUUGGUCACACUGAAUUGAGGCUACAUAUGCCACCAUCAAUAGCACUUGCAACCAGAGGGCGUUUACAAGGGCUAAGGCUUCAACUUGCUCUGCUUGAUCGUGAAUUUGAUGAUUUAGACUAUGAGACUUUGAGAGCAUUGGAUUCUGAUAAUGUUCCAACAACACCUUCUAUGAGUGAGGAACAAAUAAACGCUCUUCCUGUUCAUAAAUACAAGGUUUCUGGUCCUCAAAGCGACUCCGCUAUGAAUCAACAAGCUUCAUCUUCUGAAUCUAAUGAGAAGAGGCAAGAUUCUGUUAGUGCAGUUGGCGGUACUAAGACCUUAGAGGAUGAACUGACUUGCAGUGUUUGCUUGGAGCAAGUAAAUGUUGGUGAGCUCAUACGUAGUUUGCCAUGCUUGCAUCAGUUCCAUACAAACUGCAUCGAUCCAUGGCUGCGACAGCAGGGAACAUGCCCUGUUUGUAAAUUCAGAGCGGUGACCGGGUGGUCAGAACACGGGCAUGGGGAAACCGAUGCUUAUAUGGUUUAAUUGGAUGCAGAGCAAGUAAUCAAACAAUGCUUGAUGCCUGAUUAAAGAGCAGAGGAUAUGGACAGACGUGGUGUAAUUAUGUUGAGAGUAGGAAUUGAAGCUCCGCUGUGAUGUAUCUUUGAACUUCUGACGACCCAUUUGAUUGUAUUCUUGAAGUUAAUCGUCUUUUGUGAUACAGAGUCUCUGACCUGUGUUAGUGAGCAGAAUUUUGUUCUUUCACUGUCGUCCAUGUACUAUUCCAAUCCUUACUAAAGCAUUGAAUUUGGUUGUCUCUAGAACUCUCUUUCGUGAUUCUGAAACUCAUACCUGAUGCAUUUUGACGCACUGUUUAAAA